CAAGCGCAAGUCACAACUGUCCUCUAGAAAUUACCCAGACUACCCACGUGCAUAGUGCCCCAUAGGCAGGGCAAAUGCCCUCAGUUAAGAUGGCCGCAACUGCUUUUUAUUCCUUUUAUACUUCCUUUUUCCCUUAACAAAGAUGGUGUCGCCGCUUCCGGUUCGGGCUCGUGCCGGCGUGGGGCGGCCUAUGGAAGCCCAGGGAGCCACUCUGGGCAGCCAGUCAACAGAGAGCUGUUCUUUGGAUUUACCGACAGCAUGCUACAGAAGUGGUUACAACGCACUGCAGAGACCCAGCCAGGAGGCCCAAAGCGAAGCUCGGAGUUCUGUGGAGCCCCAUUCUUUAUUUUGCUCGUCUGAUGUGGAUCCAGGUAAUAAGUUGAGUUUAAAUCAAACUCACUUUAGGAAAACACCACCACCAAGUGGUUGGUUGUUUCUCCAUCAGAAAGGAAUGAGUUAUUUAUUACCUUAUGUAGACAAACACCUUAACCCAGCAAAGCCAUACAGAGGGACUUCAAAGAAGGCUCCUGGCAUAACAGCGGGAGUGGUUUGGUUGGCUCCAGGCACUUUGGGGAUACAAGGUGAUUGUCUUAAGUCCUUCCUUCAAGGAGCUAGAAAUUUGGGGUGAUCUAAACAUAGACAUAUUAUGUCAACACCAUGAGUCUAGACAAAGAGGAUGAGAAAAGAGGGCAGGUUUGUGUUAUUCCUUCUUGGGGCCCUUUCUGAUCUCUAUCCAAAUGCAUUCAGAGGCAGGAGAACACUUGGUUCAACAAGGAGUGGAGAACUGGGAUUUGUUUUUUUUCAGACUGCAGAAAACAGCAAUGUGGGCCUGUUAUGUGUUAUGGGUAGUAAAAUAGAGAUCUUGGUGUUCCUUUUAGGAAGUGCUCUGGACAUUAAAAUUUUUUAUUACAUUUACUGAUUUGUGUGUAC